CUCCUUUUCCCUGCCAGGACCCAAAGGUGAAGUCCCAUCAGCCUCGCGCGCUACCUUCCCCUCUCUUCCUCGGCGCUGCCUACGGAGGUGGCGGCUAUCUCCUACGCGCAUCAUGGCUGCCCUCAGACCCCUCGUGAAGCCCAAGAUCGUCAAAAAGAGGACCAAGAAGUUCAUCCGGCACCAGUCAGACCGAUAUGUCAAAAUUAAGCGGAACUGGCGGAAACCCAGAGGCAUUGACAACAGGGUGCGCAGGAGAUUCAAGGGCCAGAUCUUGAUGCCCAACAUCGGUUACGGGAGCAACAAGAAAACAAAGCACAUGCUGCCGAGCGGCUUCCGGAAGUUCCUGGUCCACAACGUCAAGGAGCUUGAAGUGCUGCUGAUGUGCAACAAGUCUUACUGUGCUGAGAUUGCGCACAAUGUCUCCUCCAAGAACCGCAAAGCCAUUGUGGAGAGAGCAGCCCAGCUGGCCAUCAGAGUCACCAAUCCCAACGCCAGGCUGCGCAGCGAAGAAAAUGAAUAGACAGCUCGUGUGCACGUUUUGUUUAAUAAAACCGUAAAACGGCCAUCUGGCAUUUC